GCUGGCGCCGGCGGCUGGUCCAGCCCCAGGGGCCCCGUCACUGGGCGUCACUGGCUCAGGCAUCAGGGCCCUCAUCAUCUCUCCCGCUUGGGUCCGGACGGGCUGCGGCGGUGUCGUCGUCAGGGGGCGGAGCCGCCCUGGGCGCCCUUUGUCUGUGGAGGCGGGACCUGAAACUGCUCAACCAGGAGGCAGAUUCGAAUAUCAUAGUGAAGUCUGUACAUGAAGGAUUGAUGCCUUUAGGGAAAAAAACGAAGUAAUGCCUUCUCAGAAUGCUGUACUUUCCCAGGAGGGAAACAUGGAGAAGGAAAUGAAUGUUGGAUCACAGAUACAGCUGUCUCAGGAAUCACUGACAUUCCAGGACGUGGCUGUGGACUUCACUAGAGAGGAGUGGGACCAGCUAUACCCUGCUCAGAAGAACCUCUACCGAGACGUGAUGCUGGAGAACUAUAGGAACCUGGUUGCACUGGGGCAUCAACUUUAUAAGCCAGAGGUGAUCACUCAGUUGGAGCAGGAGGAGCAGUGGAUGAUGGAAAGAGACAGCCCACCAGACACUCAUCCAGAUGGGGAGAAUAGUCCAGAAAUAAAAAAAUCAAACCAGAGUAUUUCUGAUGAAAAUAAAACCUGUGACAUGCUAAUGGAGAGUUUAACAGGAGACAGUUUCUGGUACUCCAUCUUAGGUGGACUCUGGGAUUUUGAUUACCGGUUAGAAUCUAACCAAGAAAACCAGCAGAGACAUUUAGGACAAGUAUCUUUCACCCACAAAAAGAUCACACAGGAGAGAAGCCUUGAAUGUAAUAGAUUUGGGGAAAACUAUAAUCUGAACUCAAACCUUGUUAUGCAUCAGAGAAUUCCUUCAAUUAAAAUACCCCUUAAUUCUGACACACAAGGAAAUAGCAUCAAGCAUAAUUCAGACUUGACUUACUAUCAGGGAAACUAUGUAAGAGAGAAUCCUUAUGAAUAUAAUGAGUGUGGAAAAAUCUUCAAUCAACAUAUUCUUCUUACUACUCAUAUUCAUACUGAGGGGAAACCCAGUGAAUGUGGGAAGGCCUUCAGCCAAAACUCAUCUCUUACUCAACCUCAGAUAGUCCUCACAGGAGAGAAGCCCUAUAAGUGUGAUGAAUGUGGGAAAAGAUUCAGCCAGAGGAUACAUCUUAUUCAACAUCAGAGAAUUCACACAGGAGAAAAACCUUUUAUAUGCAAUGAAUGUGGGAAAGCCUUCCGUCAACAUUCAUCCUUUACUCAACAUCUGAGAAUUCAUACUGGAGAGAGGCCCUAUAAAUGUAAUCAGUGUGGUAAAGCCUUUAGCCGUAUCACAUCCCUUACGGAACAUCAUAGACUUCAUACUGGAGAGAAACCUUAUGAAUGUAGUUUUUGUGGGAAAGCCUUCAGCCAAAGGACACAUCUUAAUCAGCAUGAGAGAACUCAUACAGGAGAGAAACCCUAUAAAUGUAAUGAAUGUGAAAAAGCCUUCAGCCAGAGUGCACACCUUAAUCAACAUAGGAAAAUCCAUACUCGGAAGAAAUUAUGUGAAUAUAAUAAAUGUGAGAAAACCUUAAGCCACAGUCCUUCACUUACUGCUCAGCAUAUAACUCAGAAUUUUUAG